UGACUCUUUGUCACGUUUUCCAUUCCACAAAGAAGUACAAAUGCAACAGCCAAUUAAUGACAGUUUGCUCAGCGGUGAUGUCAUUAUUUUCCAGUGUCUUGCCGCACACGCACACAGAGCCCUCUUUUCUGUUUGAUUAGUCAGCAUUGGCUAGUAUCUGUUGUUUGAGGUCCAAGCAGAAAAAACAGAAAGAAGCCGUUCCUCCUUCCUCCACAGGCAAUUGGCUGUUGGUGAAUAAACGAAUGAAUGAGAGCAGGUUGAGAAGAGGGAGGGGUUUGUGUGUAAUGCGUCAUCGGCUGGCACACACUCAUUUAAGUGGCAAUGGAGCAGCAGUAGAAGAGAGAGAGACAUAAGAGAGCAAGCUGAGAAGAGGGCCAUUGACAUCUCCUGCUCCACACCCAAAAACGGUGGAAGAUUCCUUCAGUGAGCAGCUGCUGCAGAGCUGAGUUGAAGCGAGGUCUGCGUGGUACUGGGAUUGAGCGCUGAAGAAGAACAGAUCCAAACCAGAUAACCUUGGACCGGUUAGGAGGCCGCGUGUUUACUGCAGAGUAUCGCCGACGUACUGGACCUGUUCGGUGUGAAGACGGAAGAAGAGAAGCUACGGCUUCACCACCCCCAAAGAAGACAGGGGUGCUGAAGGAAACGGACCAGCUUCCUGUUUAAGGAGCAUCUAUCACCUCCCCAUCAUCUGCCACCCUGGGGAAGGCAACGCUCCACCGGUCUCCCCGAUUUCCCCCUUCCUCUUCAUUAUCAUCGCCGCGUGGCGCCCUGACCUCCGGUAUCCGUUCAAAAAGGUUUUGGAUGCCCGGAUCCCCCAGCAUGCACAUCAAGACUACCAAGUGUAACCGCUUCUGCCUGGUCGCCUCGGUGACCAACCAAGAAGUGUUCAACCGUCCUGAGGCCCAGGUCACUUUUGAGGCCUUGUUCCGGUCAUUUGACCCAGAGGUGCAGUUCCAGUACUUCAAGUCUUUCCGGCGAGUGCGGAUCAGUUUCAGCGAUGCUUUGGCUGCAGCCGAAGCCCGACUCCGACUCCACAAGACGGACUUUAGCGGCAAAGAGAUGAGACUUUAUUUCGCCCAGUCCGUCCAUAUAGGGAGUCCUCGCCUGGAGCCGCCCAAGCCAGACAAACAGUUCUUGAUCUCGCCCCCCGCCUCCCCUCCCGUCGGAUGGUCCCAGUCUCUGGACGCCACGCCGGUUGUUAACUACGACCUGCUGUGUGCCAUCUCUAAGCUCGGACCAGGGGACAAGUACGAGCUCCAAACUGCCACCCCCACCACCCCCAGCGUGGUCAUCCACGUCUGCGACGACGAGCGCGGCGACAGCUCUGCCCCCGAUGACAGCGACCAGGACGACAAGCCCCGCCCCCUGCGGCAGAAGAUUGUUCAGACGCGCCGCCCCGACUUCACGCCCGAAGCGGAGCAGUGAGCAGCAGUAUUGGCGGAGAGCUCGGCGCGCUCUCGGGGCUUUUGAAGGUUUGGGGACUUCGGAGAGACUCCCGAGCAUUUCAUGAGGCGGAGGGACAUAACCUGUGUCCAGUGCUGCAUUCAUGUCCUAAGGGAAUGAUGGGAGAUAAGAGCUUCUUCCCGGGCAAAACACUGAUCACAUGAAUGUCAUAUUUCGAGUUUGUGUAUGAGAGACGCAGCUGGAGGAAAUAAUAGUGAUAAAAUGUAGGAAUUUGUGUAUCCUCGUGUUUUGUUCGUAGUAUGAUGACGAGACUCAGCUGGAUGUUUGGUCUGUGGUGAUAUGUUGAGUAAAAAAACCUGAAGGUACCAUGACCAAGUUAGUGUUUGUGAUAUGUCAGAGGCAAUAAAGUCUGUAGGAAUCGCUCCAGUAACUUGGAUGUCGGUUAUUCCCACGCGAUAUGAAUGCAGCAUCACUCUGACUCGUCGUGUCCGUCCUCAUGUUGACUUUGACCGAGGGAAAGCAUUUUUGAAUUGGUCACUACGUGUAGAUAUCAUAACUUCAGUCAGCUGUAGAAGCUGAAGAGCGACCGCCAGCUUUUGCCUCCUCUUGGGAGGUCACGUGGAUGCUGUGCCACCCCCCCCCCCCCCCCCCCCGCCCCCCAUCUGCUCCAUCACUGUGUGACAGCUUCACCUGCAGCUGUUGAGUGGUGGGCAUGUGGUCAAAGCUUCCUCUCAUUGUACAGACCACCCUUCAUCACAGAGAGGAGGGACUUGUGCCUGGCUGGGCUCUGCUUGUAGUUUAGCUAGCUGCUGAAGCUAACUGACAUUUCCCUUUCCUCACACUCACAAAGCGGCCAUUUUAAUGUGAGGGCUUCAACGACACCAACCUUUGAUAUGCUCUCUGUAAACAACAAUCAGGGCUGACCUUCGACACUGGCUGUUAUUGUGUGAGACUAGAGUGAAGCGCUGCGUUUUGUGUUUGUGUGUCUUUUCCUCCUCUGACAGCUGUGCUAACCGUCCUGCUACUCAGACUCCACCAGUGUGGAUGCGCUCACCCUUUUCGCUUCACGUUUGUAACUAACAUGUGUUUUUGAUACUUCAGUGAGAGCACACAGCUGUGGGGUGUUUGGUAAUAAAUGUAUCGGAUAUUUCCACUAGCUUCUCUGCAAUUCUCCAUAAACACUGUCCAACAAAGGGUGAAGUAGUGUACCAUUUCCUGUAUGAUGUAAUCUUGACAUUCUCUGUAGUUCUUACUCGUGCAGGCUUCUGGUCCACGUCGUUUGUGUGAAGCUCUUUUUGUGGAGGCUCUUCACUGCAGCUGCUGAGAUGUUGAAGCACUGUGAGGAGCCCGACUGUCUCCACUCAUUCAGCAUUAAACAAAGAUCCAACUGCA